AGGUUGUAAGAUGGAAGAUGAGGACAUCACAGCAGAUUGUGCGGGAGAAGACAAUGAGCUCAGCUAUGGAUGGUGGACGUCACAGUGCGGAGAGACCACGGAAUCCCUCUGACUCUGAGCGACCUCUUCCUGUGGGGGAUGGGGCCGGAAUUCAGGGGGAGAAGCCGUAUUCCUGUCCUGAGUGCGGGGAAAGGUUUAAAUCUGAAUUGGGUCGUAAUGUACACCAGAGAUCUCACACGGGUGAGGAGCUUCAUUCCUGUCCGGAGUGCGGGAAACGUUUUCUUUAUAAAUCGUCGCUGGUCAGACAUCAGCAAUCCCACACGGGGGAGAAGCCGUAUUCCUGCCCUGACUGCGGGAGAUGUUUUGGACGUAAAACAAAUCUUCGUACACAUCAGAGAUACCAUACAGGGGUGAAACCAUAUUCCUGUCCUGAGUGCGGUAAAUUUUUUGUACGCAGAGCAAAUCUUACUUCGCAUCAGAGACGUCACACGGGGGAGAAGCCAUAUUCCUGUCCUGAGUGCGGGAAAAGUUUUUCACAGAAGACUAAUCUUUCAAGACACCAGAGAGUGCACACAGGUGAAAAGCCUUAUUCCUGUUCCGAGUGCAGGAAAUGUUUUACAUGGCACUCGGAACUUGCUAUACAUCGAAAAUCUCACACGGGGGAGAGGCCGUAUUCCUGCUCUGCGUGCGGGAAAUGUUUUUCACAGAAGUGCAAUCUUAAUGUACACCAGAGAUCUCACACGGGUGAGGAGCUUCAUUCCUGUCCGGAGUGCGGGAAACGUUUUCUUUAUAAAUCGUCGCUGGUCAGACAUCAGCAAUCCCACACGGGGGAGAAGCCGUAUUCCUGCCCUGACUGCGGGAGAUGUUUUGGACGUAAAACAAAUCUUCGUACACAUCAGAGAUACCAUACAGGGGUGAAACCAUAUUCCUGUCCUGAGUGCGGUAAAUUUUUUGUACGCAGAGCAAAUCUUACUUCGCAUCAGAGACGUCACACGGGGGAGAAGCCAUAUUCCUGUCCUGAGUGCGGGAAAAGUUUUUCACAGAAGACUAAUCUUUCAAGACACCAGAGAGUGCACACAGGUGAAAAGCCUUAUUCCUGUUCCGAGUGCAGGAAAUGUUUUACAUGGCACUCGGAACUUGCUAUACAUCGAAAAUCUCACACGGGGGAGAGGCCGUAUUCCUGCUCUGCGUGCGGGAAAUGUUUUUCACAGAAGUGCAAUCUUUUUAGACAUCAGAGAAUGCACACGUGUCCGGAGUCUUAUACCUGCCCGGAGUGCGGGGAAAGUUUUGUCAAAAAGUCCGAUUUGCAUAGAUACCAGAAAUUUCCCUUGGCCGAAAAGCCGUAUCCCUGCUCGGAGUGCGGGAAAAGUUUUUCACAUAAGUCCUGUCUUUCAAUACAUCAGAGAACUCACACGGGUGAGAAGCCGUAUACCUGCUCGGAGUGUGGGAAAAGUUUUUCACGGACGUACCAUCUUUCCACGCAUCAGAGAACUCACACGGGUGAGAGGCCGUAUGCCUGCUCGGAGUGUGGGAAGUGUUUCACACGGAAGUACCAUCUUUCCAUCCAUCAAAGGAACCACACGGGGGAGAAGCCGUAUUCCUGCUCGGAGUGUGGCAAAGUUUUUUCACUGAAAUCGGAGCUCGUUAUACAUCAACGCUCUCACACGGGGGAGAAGCCGUAUGCCUGCAAUGAGUGUGGGAAACGUUUUGCACAGGUGAGCCACCUCUACGCUCAUCAGAGGACUCACUUGGCCGAAAAACCAUAUUCUUGCUUAGAGUGCGGGAAAAGUUUUUCACAGAAGUACCAUCUUACCAUACAUCAGAGAACUCACACGGGGGAGAAGCCGUUUUCCUGCUUGCAGUGCGGGAAAAGGUUUUCACGGAAGUACCACCUUUCCUUGCAUCAGACAACUCACACGGGGGAGAAGCCGUAUUCCUGCUCGGAGUGUGGGAAAUGUUUUUCACGAAAGUACCACCUUUCCAGACAUCAAAAGAAUCACACGGGGGAGAAGCCGUAUUCCUGCACUGAGUGCGGGAAAAGCUUUUCAGUUAAAUCGGAGCUCGUUAUACAUCAAAGAUCUCACACGGGGGAGAAGCCGUAUUCCUGCAACGAGUGUGGGAAAAGUUUUGCACAGGUGAGCCAUCUGUACUCUCACCAGAGGUCUCACAAGGGUAAGAAAUCUUAUACCUGCCCGGAGUGCGGGGAAUGUUUUGUCAAAAAGUCCGCUUUACCUAGAUACCAGAAACCUCCCAUGAGGGAAAAGCGAUUUUUUUGCCCAGAGUGCGGGAAGGGUUUUUCACGGAAGUCCGAUCUUUCCAUGCAUCAGAAAUCUCACACGGGUGAGAAGCCGUAUUCCUGCCCCGAGUGUGGGAAACGUUUUUCCUGCAAAAGCCAACUUUCCCAACAUCAGAGAUCUCACACGGGAGAGAAGCCGUAUCCUUGUUCAGAGUGCGGGAAAAGAUUUUUUCUGAAGUCCCAUCUUUCCAGACAUCAGAGAUCUCACACAGGGGAGAAGCCACAUACCUGCACUGAGUGUGGGAAAAGUUUUUCCUGGAAAAGCCAACUUUCCCAACAUCAGAAAUCUCACACGGGUGAGAAGCCGUAUUCCUGCAAUGAGUGUGGGAAAAGUUAUUCACAUGAAAAGUCCGAUCUUUCCAUACAUCAGAGAACUCGCACAGGUGAGAAGCCGUUUUCCUGCUUAGAGUGUGGGAAAAGUUUUUCCUGGAAAAGCCAACUUUCCCAACAUCAGAAAUCUCACACGGGUGAGAAGCCGUAUCCUUGUUCAGAGUGCGGGAAAAGAUUUUUACUGAAGUCCCAUCUUUCCAGACAUCAGAGAUCUCACACAGGGGAGAAGCCACAUACCUGCACUGAGUGUGGGAAAAGUUUUUCACGGAAAUCAGAUCUUGUUAUACAUCAUAGAUCUCACACGGGGGAGAAGCCGUAUUCCUGCAAUGAGUGUGGGAAAUGUUAUUCACAUGUGGGCCAUCUUAACACUCAUCAGAGCUUUCACACUGGAGAGAAGCCGUAUCCUUGUUCAGAGUGCGGGAAAAGUUUUCUACACAAGUCCCAUCUUUGCAGACAUCAGAGAUCUCACACAGGGGUGAAGCCACAUACCUGCACUGAGUGUGGGAAAAGUUUUUCACAGAAAUCAGAUCUUGUUGUACAUCAGAGAUCUCACACGGGGGAGAAGCCGUAUUCCUGCAAUGAGUGUGGGAAAUGCUAUUCACAUGUGAGCCAUCUUCACACUCAUCAGAGGUCUCACAAUGAUAAGAAAAUACUCCGACCCCAGGCAGAGGAAAACUCUUUCAUGGAAGGCUCAUCUUACCAAACAUCGGAAAACCCACACAACCCUUGA